AAGAUUUAAUCAACCUUACACUACCAAGUUCCCAUAUCUGAACAUUGGAAACCAUUCCUACCAAGAUCCUCCCCAAAAGUAAUCAAUCUUUACCACCGCAACAAUGCUCAUCAAAGUCCGAACCCUCACUGGCAAGGAAAUCGAGCUCGAUGUCGAAGCUGACAACAAGAUCGAGAGAGUUAAGGAAAAGGUCGAGGAGAAGGAAGGCAUUCCACCCGUUCAACAGCGUUUAAUUUAUGGCGGCAAGCAAAUGGCCGACGACAAGCUAGUAAAAGACUACGAACUCGAACCUGGAGCGACACUACAUUUAGUUCUCGCACUCCGCGGCGGCAUUUAAAAAACCUCUCAUGUCAUUUUCCUCUCAACUUUCGACCGCGUUGCUGCCUACCGAAAUACCCCGUACCUCCUUCUUCAUGACUUUUACGCAUUCGAGCAAGUUUUCAUUGGUUACGUCUCUUUUCCCCCCCUUUUCACGAU